AUGACACCUCAAUACAUAAAUCUGUUUCAGAGCAGGGUUUUGCCUGUGACAGCUGAAGAAAUGAACUUGUUAUUAUGCAGAGAGAAGAUAUAUCCCCAUUUAUGUGAAAAUGCUGAUCAGCUCUCAGAAGAAAGGCCCAUUUAUCUGUUUAAUCGAAAUGCAAAUGUAAGAAGUAUGAAUAAUGCAAUUGCUGAUACUAUGGAUACCGAGAGUGACAUUUAUGUUGGCUUUGAUUGUGAUACUGGUGAAAAGACUAUGGCCGGCGAGAAAAAAGACACUGGUGCAUUUCAAAUACAAGCAACUUCUGGAAGGCCAAAAAAGAUCAAUAUUAUAGAAAUAACAGCGUUGCAGCGCUUAUGCGUUCUACCAAACAACUGUUUAAUCAAUCAAGUAUCUGAUAAAGCACUGCGAUAUUUGGAAUUGUACACGGUGAGCAUGAGUAGAGUCAAUAUCAAUUAUAAGUGCAAGACCACCAGCUAUGUUUCCAACCGUGGCAGGGUCAACCCCAGCAAGAUUGUUAUGAUGGGUUUGCCUGAUGGAUUUGUAUUACGCGAACAAGGGUGGAUAAUGGGUGACUGGUUAGACGGCGAUGACGAAGAAGACAAUGGUUAUUUUUACGAGGAGGAGGAUGGAAUUAUGUGUUGA